UCGUCGUCGACGUCGUCGUUGCUUAAGCUCCCUAUUAUUUGUUUACAACAUUUUAGAUCGUAUUGUUAUAGUUGUCUGGAGGGUAUGUGCUUGCUUCUUUCGUUUCUCUUCCUUCCUUGUUUUUGUCGUUUCCUCCCAGUUGUUUUACGUUCGAAGUUUUCAGCUCGAAAAAGUGGAUUAGUCUUUUAUGAGAUAUCAAUGGCGUGUUCCUUGAUCCACCCCGAUUUAAUUUAGGUAUGGCGUCAUUUUUGGGCGGUACAAAAUUUACUAUUUAACCCGAAGGAGGGAACUGUAAUUACUAGGCUGAAAUCAAUAGCUACCACACAGUCAGUAAUUUGCCCGUGCACUAUCGGGACCGAGUGGCUGAGUGUGGGAUAGAUUUCAAACAGAGCUAAACGAAACACAAGGCGCCAUGUUUGCAAUUAAAACGACUGCCUGAUAAAGUGACCAAUUUCCAGAUAUAUUAAGUUCUUACAUGGCUCCGAGACUUGGACGAACAAAACAAAGAAACUAAUUAUAAUCCCUCAAUCCCGAUCCGAUUUCUUUUGUUUCAUUCCUUAAGCCCCGGAGUCAAGUUAGUCGUGGCGGCGCCAAGCUGGAAUUUUCAAUAACAUAUCGAAACUGACCUGAUACUUCCUAAGGACCGACAUGCGAUAUAUGACCUAACCCUGAAGAAGAUAGCAACUGACUCGUGGUUGACUGUGGUUUCACAGUUUUUGUAGCUGUAAAUUAAACACUGCCUUUGAGCUUAAAUUGUGCCUGAUGAAAUGAAAAACGAGUGACAUGUUUGUAAAUUGAAAGACUAGCACAUAUACGAAAUGAGUUCAAAACUAUUUAUUUCAAUAUUUUGUAUGUUGAGCGAGAACACGAGCACUUCGCUGCUAUAGCAACCAAAUGUGACGUCACUCGUAAAUACCCUAUGCACAUUUGAAAUAGUUAAUCUUUAGGUUCCAUUGUCUUAUCAACUGCAUAAAAUUUUUUGCGAACCCAAUUUGAGCUGCACAAAAAAAAGCGUUAUGAGGACAAAAUCACAAUCGGGCAAGAAGUAGCGCGGCAGUAUGGUUAAUUUCAUCGAUCAACGUUCUCCUCAACGCCUUCUCAUAUGGUUUCAUUAAAUUUGGAGCUCGAUAUCCUUUUGCAUAAAUGAAACAAAUAAGUUACACUCAAUAGCUUUCUUAUUAUUUUCAAUCGUGGUUUAAAAUCUAAAAAAUUUCAAGAGAGUCUCAAUGGGUUGGUGGCUUUUACGACUAAGGUUAAUAUUUUGGCCUUAACUGCUAUGGGUCUUUUAUUUUCCUUACGGUUAACACAAACCUCAGAUAUUAAUUACCAUCGUUUUAAGAAGUUAAAAAUUAAUUUUCAUCAUAUAAAAAGGGCGAAAAAUUAUUUCGAUUACUGUAAAACAUGCUAAAGGUCUGAGGACCAUUUCGGGAUAGAAAAAGUAUUGUACAUGCAUAAUCUGUAAGAAUUGUAAACUAAUAUAGUUACUACCAAGCUCCCGGCUCAGUUUCCCUGCACUAUACAAGACGAGACACAAAAACGUCUUUACAAAAAAUCAUAUGAGACUUCAACUUUAUUGGCCAAAUUGGUUUUACGGUUAAAAUUGUUUACGGCUAACGGUUAAAAUUUUCCAAUUUUUACUCCUAAGGGACUUGUCAGAAAUUAGCAGGGGGAAGGGGUGGGGGAGGGAGCUGGAGGUUUUCAGUUAAGCGAUGAAAAUGAAAUGACCCUUCCAAGGUAAGGGAUGAAAAUGUCCUGACCCUCCCCUGAAACUCGCCCUAAAAUUCCAUGACCUUCCCCUGGAUAAUAAAACGUCCGAAUUUUAUAUACAGUGGUAAAAGUACUUUUAAUCAUGAUGGCAGCACUGCUGAUGGUGAUGCUGUCAGAGAGAUCAGUUCUUCUGAGUGAUAUAUAACAAUUGAUAUACUAAAGAAAGCACAGUGAGCCGUUUUAUAAAUUUGGGUUUUGCAUUUAUACUUUCAACAGCUUGUCUUUUUAAUACGUCAGGGAAAAAUUGCAUGCCUUCAUUUUCAUACAUACUUUGUUAUCUUGUAAAACAUAAUAUUAAAGCAUCCCUUUACGAUAAUGAUGGCUUAAUUUCUUGUGACCCUUCCUCUUUUCCUGUCAUUUUUUUUUCAUAACCCUCCCUUUUAUGCCUGCAACGCCUGCAAAGCCUGUAAUGCUGUUCAAACUUUAAAUUUUGAUUUAAGUUGAACUGUGACCCCCCUGUUUUUCACCCCCUCCCCCCUGUUAAUUUCUGACAGAUCCCUUAGGCCUAAAUUUUUAGCCUCUUAGUACGGCUAGCCCCCAUUGAGACCCUCUUUCCAGACGAAAACCCAAGGGGACGGUUACUUAAUUUUAAACACGUAUGUUUAAAAUUUUUUCUGAGACCCUUAAAGACAUAUUACGUGUGUCAUGUUGACAGCGUUUUACUUAAGAUGCUUUUAGUUUUCUUCAAACUGGACAUGUACUCAUUUUCAAUUUAGACGAAUAAUGCAAUUUUGAAUGAAGCAAGCAAACAAAGAUACAAAGGUGCUGGAUGAGUGUCUCUGUCAUAGUUUUUCCUCUUAUUUAUUUUACUUCCUGGCCGUGUGUAAACUGAUUCAUCAUCACGCUAUGUUUCUGUGGCUAAGCCCCAUUUGAGAAAUAAACAAAUACAGUCGAAACAGUCGGCCACCUCUCUACAACGGCUACUUUUAUUUUUGUCCUGGUGGGUGGUCUAACCUACAACGGCCACCUCUCCACAACGGCAACGGCCACUAUAAAGCGUCCCAGCCGCCAAAAUAAUAAGCAUUUUAUUAAGAUAAAAAUGUUGCACCCCUGAAAAUGUACCGGUGUCAUAUUACACCCCUAUCUCCCCAUAACGGCCACCUCCCUACAACGGCCACUUCCUUCUGUCCCCAAGGUGCCGUAGUGAAGAGGUUCGACUGUAGUUCAUAAGCAAAAUGAACUGAAAAAAAGAUUUCACUUCCAUAUUGAUACACGGAUACUCAAUGAAUACUGCAAUUUAAAAGAAACAUCAAAACGCUUUUUGAUAAGACAAAUGAUUCUUUCAAAGAUUUGGAGGGCGUAGGGGGAGUUAAAAUUAUCAAAUUCAAAUUGUUGAUAAAAACAGCACGCUUCGUUUUGUUUUUGAUGUACUAAAUGAUUUCAAAUGCCCUAAAGUGUUGUAUUAAUAUGCUUUUUAAGUCAUGAUUAACGAUGUUAAAAGAUAUGUAUGCUCAUUGUUUUGGGGUUAAUGGAGCUACAGACGUGCACAUGUAGCUUAGACCUUCUCUCGGUCCGUCACGCAAACAACUGAACGAGUAGGAAGCUACUUAGUCGUGGGUUUCUAGUGUAAGAGGGAUAUAGUUCAUAUUGCUGUGAACUGUUUUAUUCCAGUAUUUUUAUGGCGAAGUUCUCUACUGAAGUUGAGAGAAUAAUACAAUAUUAACCUUGGAGCACGCUAUAAUGUAAAAAUCAUACCUUACAAUAUCAGCACGGUUUCAUAUUCGCGACAUUAUUAUGCAAGUAACUCCAUGGAAACGUGUUCCAGUAACAUUUUCCUCUAAGUAGGUUGACUCUACACGUAAGUUGUCUGCUCGCAACGAAACGUUGGCUAUUGUUACAAGUAACAAUUUCAAAACAUUUCCUUUGUAACAUUAAAGAUUAUCUGGCCAGGAAUAAAUACUAUCGUAAGUUAUUGAGACAGAGACAAUUGCCUCAUGUAUGAUCAGUUAGCUUCAUCCCAAAGUUGUUUAUAACCAUUUACAUAUGUACUGUUUUUUGUUUUUUUUUUCUUUUUUUGCUGCAACGUUCGUGUUUGGAUGUUUCAAAGUUCCCUAGUUUUUGUUUGCUUUCCCUGUUUUGUAUAUAGCAAAUUACGAAUUAAGAAAAUUACAGUACAUAUGUUAUGAUACUUUGUUAUCUGUUCUAUCAUAGUUUUAUCUAAAAUCUGGUAUCAUAUCAGACUUUUCCUUAGUUUUGAAACUGGGUAAUGGCACAGAACGAUUACUACAGGCAAAAAUGAUUAUUGUCUACUUAUGGAAAGCUGUCAUGAUCUUAUCAAACUGUGAAACUCUUUGGCGUCACAAAACCAUACUCAUUUAAAACAUCUCGGACUGAUCACGAAAAUUGAAACGCCGGGAAUGACAUGUAAAUUAACGUGCACGUACUGCACAACGAAUUCACCAUCAUGAUUGAUAAUGUAGGUCUUUCUACGCCAAAAACAUUUUUCAUUGAAAGUAAGAUAAGCACUUUUACCUGAGGCGACAAGACUAUCGAGUAGAAAGCAUUAAGAGAAUUUCUAGAAAUGUUUCCUGGGAUUUCCGGAGACAAAACAGUCUUUCUUAACUGCACGCGACGUUUAGCCUUGAGGUUUUAUAAAAGCACAGUUUCCAAUAAUCGUGCUUUGCGGAAUAAAAGAAUAGGCUGAUGUGAAACUCUGUAAGGUUUGUAGCAAAUAACAAUUAUAUUUUGGUAACUUUUUAUUCAAAGCUGAAUUCAUUGCAGUGUUGUCUUUUUUGCCUUAUUAAAUGACUUUCAGGCUUUAUAACUCCUCGUCUUACUUAAUAAUGUGUUCGACCAUUUGAUCAGACCAACAAAAUCCCUUUUGAAAUGACAGAAGAAGGAUACAAAGAUUAAUAUAUGUUAUCGCAUAAGUAACUUCACUGUUCAUGACGGUGUUCUUUGAUUAUUUCGUGUCGUUUUACUUUAGCGGUACUUCAUGAUCGUUAAUUUGCCGACGGCGCCACCUAAAAACUCGAAUGGAAUAAAUCACAAUGUCUGCCGACCCGCCAACAUGUCUUAAGCUGAACCACUUUUUAUUAAAUGCAAUUCGUACAGGCCACAAUUUUUUUAUAAAAAGAUUCUUUUAAAAAGACUUUAAAUUGCAGAAACAAUAUUUUUAGACUCUCGACUGAGCAAAACGACAGCAUGACAACUUUUAUGGCGCACUGUCAUUUUGAGGCGACACAUAUUAAAUUGCAAAAAUCUUGUGUUGACUCUGCAACGUCUCAAUUAGUUUACGCUUGUGGUAGUUGGUCGACUUAAGAGCUGUCAUCUAAUAUGCGGAGGUUAUAUUAUUUAUUUUAAUUCACUCAUAUAAAGAACAUUUUACUUCAUUUCACGUUAUUGCAAGAGUUUACCGAAUGACUAAACCACGCCGCGACCACGAAAGCGAGAGACAGCUAGAAACAUAAACAUGCGGAAGAGGCCGAAGCUACUGAAAUUGUUGGUUAGAAUUGUGAUAUCAUCCCAGCUUGAAAAUAAGAGAUGGUCUACGCUCUUCGCUUUUCAUUACAAGAAGUAAACUGCACAACAGCGCUGACUAGCACAAGUAUCCUGAACGAAGGGAUCUUCCACUGACUACAUUUUAACUCUUCACGACAAUUUCUAAAGCUGCAAAUCAACUUAGGCAUCAAUGGGAGACCCUACAAACUUUACCUCAGUUACUGAGACGGAAAAACACAUCAAGCUGGGUUUAUACGUGUUCACAUUCGUCCUUGGAGUAUCUGGAAACUUCCUUGUUCUUCUUGUCUUGUGGUCGAAAAAGCGGAAGUCGGUAAAUGACAUUCUUAUUUUUAACUUGUCAAUGUCUGACUUGACACUCAUGUUGCUGUCUUUACCGGUUAACGUAUUUCUCCUGGGUGGGGUCGACUUUCCAAUGGUGUUCUGCAAGUUAAUCUCUCCUCUUAUGACUGCCACAUUUAAUGUGAGUAUCUUUACUCUGACAUUCAUGGCCGUUUAUCGCUGCCGUGUUAUCAUCAACUCUUUAAAACCGGAAAUGCGUCACAGGAACGUCAACCUAUGGAUAAUCGUUAUUUGGAUCGUUGGAUUUCUGCUCCUACUUCCGCUUAUCAUCGUGGCAGAAACCGAAGAAAACGGGGGAUGUAUAGAGAGCUGGGAACCAGACCAAAGUCGCGUCUACACCGCUGUCCUGUUUACAUUGCAAUACGUCCUACCGCUGACAACCAUUGCCGGCGCUUACGUAAUGAUUGGAAUUGAAUUAAGGAAAGCCAAAGAGCGGCACGACUCCGACGCGCAGGACCGCUUUGCUUUAGAAGUACGACGAAAAGAAGACCUCCAAAUUAUCAAGAUGAUGGGCUUGAUAGUAGUAUUAUUCGCUCUCUGCAUGUUACCAAUUCAGAUCGCGUGGUUAAUUGCGGAUUAUGGAGCUGAAGGACAUAAGAAAGUUGGCCGUGUAUUAUUAAGAGUUGCUGAUAUCGCAGCCUAUUUACACGCCUGUGUUAAUCCCAUAGUUUAUGGAACUAUAACGAAGUAUUUUCGUCGUGAGUAUAUAAGAUAUGUAAGGGCUGUUUUCUGCUGCCGUAAACCGUGGUAAAUUAAAUCAACUCGAAUUAAGUUGUUCAGGCAUUUUAUUUGCACUGAAAGUAAAACUCCAAUAGUAUUAUACAUUCGGUGGGGGUGGUGUUCAAUGUCGUGAUCGUUCGCCUUUGAAUAAUAACAUACUUAGCAAAACAAGUUAACGGAGAUAAACACUGUAUAUAUGCCGGUCAUUGAUUUUACCUUUGCCUUUGCCUAAAUGCCAGUAACCCUUGAAUAAAUUGGAACCAAUCACAAAAAGAGAAACAUUUUUUCUCUUGCAGAGAGGAAAUCUUCCAUUUAAUGGUGAAUUGUUUAAAACUAUUAAAAAUAUGUUCUCGUCUUAAAGAAGGUUCCUUGUAGAAUAACAAAAGUUAAUGAAAGGGUUAAAUAUUCUUAAAUACGUGAAAAGCUAAUUUAAAAUCAUAUGUGAUUGACGUACAGGACCUUUUCUAACGCCAGAUGACUUUUUCUUUGUGAGAAUUUAAUUAAAGUAAGCCGCGGUGAAAAGGGACCUAAAGGAUCUCAGUGGAAUUGAUAGGUCGGUGUAUCCUUUUCUGUUUUGUGUUCUUAUGUAAGGCGUCUGUAAAUUGAAUACUACAGGUAAUUUUCCUCAUUCAUUAUUCAAGGUAUUUGCUACUGAAUUUUGAAAGACCCUUGAGUUGGCAGGCAUGUGUCACUGUUCGUGAAAUUCAGUUAAUCCCAUUGGCUGGUUCAGAGAGUUUCCAGUGGUCUGUAAGCUAUCGUGCGGAGAGAAUUUUAUUAGCUGUUAAAAUUUCAUCCAACGAAAAACAACGCUUUUCCUGGGUGGUCAACGAAAUUGAAAAUUGUGAAUUUCGGAAAGUCGCAAAACAUAUGUCUUGA